CAACUUUCAUGAUUCCCGGGCCAAGUGUCUCCCAGGAAGAGGAUUCCUGAGAAUCCCUUUGUUUUAGGUUCAAUGAAUAAUACAACUGACUGGUUUUCGCGAGCAAAUUGUUGCUUGGAUGCUGCGCUUCUACCCACAGUAACUUUAUUCAUCCAAUGGCAUAGUCUAUCAUCCUCUGGGGCUCUCACGGUUUGGCUGUUGUGCUCAGCUCUCACGCGAUAACGCUACUCUGCGUGCUCAUAAUAUCCGGUACAAAAGCUGCCUUCAUCCGUGUUCAAAUCAAUAUUUUAUUUCUCUUUUCCCAUCAUGGCGGUGGUACAUCGGACCAGGAGCGAAGAGAUAGCCCUUGGGAUGACCCUUCUGGGUUUACUCUUCUCCUCGAUCCUGUAUGGGAUCUCUCUGUCCCAGACAUACACCUAUUAUAAGCGUUUCCCCAAGGAUCCCCUGUCAACCAAGUUGAUGGUUAUUAUCAUGACGAUUUUCAACACAGCGUCCGUCGUUCUCGUGUCUCAUGCUUUUUGGUAUUAUUUUGUGACUACGGGUCCUUUUGGUCGGUAUAUCUGGUCUGUUGAUUUCAGAUCCAUCUUACUUUUCUUACUCAAUCCAAUGUUCAGGAGUCUCAAUGUAUGA